AUGCCUGUCCAUCACCAGAAGUCAGACUCUUGGGAGAUGGACCCUGACUUGUUGCCCAGCUGCAGGCUCAGUGGCCUGAGCAGAGGGGGCAGUCUGGAGAGUCGGGCCAGCAGCUCUCGCUCCAGAAGUCUCACUCGGGAUGAUGAGAGCCUGAAGUACCUCACACAUGAGGAAAAGGACGUCCUCCUGUUUUUUGAAGAGACGAUUGAUUCCCUGGAAGACGACUUUGAGGAACAGGUGCUGUGUGAUGGUGAUGCUCAGUGCCACUCUCCACGGUCUCUGGAAGAGAGCACUUCUGGUCCCUCCGAGCCAGAGGACGUCGUGGACUUAGUGCAGCUGGGCCCUGGAGCCGGGGAACCCGAGAGCCUUCGGGAUGUGACGGAGGCAGCAGGGGCUGUCGCUGUUGGAAAGGAAGACACCCCUGUCCUCAGGAAAGAGGAUGCUGAGAAGUCUCCCCUGCCAGACCCCCCAGGUCCCGAGGCCCUGCCCCUGCCGCCUCCCAGCCCUGUCCCCGCAGCAGCCCCGGCCCACUCCGGGAGAGAGCCCCCUCCUACUCCAGCAGAGCACCCCAAACUGGCCCGCUCGGUCCCCACUCCGCUCGUCAUCGCCCAGAAGAUGUCUGAGAAGCUGGCAGGGAACGAAGGGCUCUCGCCCACAUCCCCGUCCAAAGAGGGCAGGCCUGCAGGAUGGAGGACGCUGACUUCCGUGGCCCCUCGACACGGAGAACACUCGCUGUGGCACAGACACGCCGCACAGCCAGCGCCCAAGAUCCACCGCUUCCCGAGCAACAUCAGCGUGACCAACAGCGCGGGGAAGGACUUCAAUAAGACCAUCUCCAAGGCCGCGGUCAACGUGCAGGAGCGCAAAGCCCAGGUCCUGGCCAACAUCAAUGGGGUCUCCUUCCUCUCCGUGGGGGAGACGGAGGACCGGGCCCAGAGGAGCGAGCCCACCGAGCAGAGAAGAAGCGUCUCCCCGGAGCAGAGCCAGCCGGGCCCGGCCCGGGAGGCUGUUCCCGCGCGGGCUGGGGCGCACGGCGGCCAGCAGUCCAGAGGCGUGCAGACGGAACAGCCCCUGCCGGUGGCCAACGGCUUCCAGAGCCUCCACGACAUCCUCAAGAGCCAUCCCGGGCCCUUUGUCUCUACAGGGAAGACGGUCACCUUCUGUCCGGACCCGGCCCUCCCCAGCAAACUUGCACCCCGGCAGCCGGACUGCGGCCAGGACGCCAGGAAGCGGUCGGGCUCGCUCCCCCGGGCUGUGGGGUUCAGACCCCAGGGCAUCACUGUCCAGUUCUCGGGCCGGGGCUCCACAGAGGAGGCCCGUCGGGAGGCCCUGCGGAAACUCGGCCUCCUGAAGGAGAACUUGUGA